AUGAUACAUUCCAUGCACAGGACAUCACGAGGUUUCUCACGAGUUGUCAUUGCCCUCAUUGUAGGCGGCAUCACAUGGAAUGGGGCUACAUCCAUUGUCUACAGAUGCAGGCAGAAAGGGACCCAGAAACCUUACGCCGUCAAAAUGUUGAAGAAGACAGUAGACAAGAAAAUCGUCCGCACGGAAAUUGGAGUUCUUCUUCGCCUUUCACAUCCAAACAUUAUAAAACUGAAGGAGAUAUUUGAGACCCCUACAGAAAUCAGUCUUGUUCUGGAAUUGGUCACAGGUGGAGAACUAUUUGACAGGAUUGUGGAAAAGGGUUACUACAGUGAACGAGAUGCUGCUGAUGCUGUUAAACAAAUCCUGGAGGCGGUUGCUUACCUGCAUGCAAAUGGCAUUGUGCAUCGUGACUUGAAGCCAGAAAAUCUACUCUAUGCAACGCCAGCACCAGAUGCACCACUAAAAAUUGCUGACUUUGGACUUUCCAAGAUUGUGGAAGAUCAGGUGACCAUGAAGACAGUUUGUGGAACUCCAGGGUACUGUGCACCAGAGAUAUUACGGGGAUGUGCCUACGGCCCUGAGGUGGACAUGUGGUCGCUGGGGAUUAUCACCUACAUCCUACUUUGUGGCUUUGAACCAUUUUAUGAUGAAAGGGGAGAUCAGUACAUGUUUAAGAGAAUCUUGAACUGUGAAUAUGACUUUGUGUCCCCCUGGUGGGAUGACGUGUCUCUGAAUGCCAAGGAUUUAGUUAAAAAGUUGAUUGUUUUGGACCCCAAGAAACGCCUCACCACUCUACAGGCUUUGCAGCACCCAUGGGUCACAGGGAAGGCAGCAAACUUUGCACAUAUGGACAAUGCACAAAAGAAACUUCAAGAAUUCAAUGCCCGGCGUAAACUUAAGGCUGCAGUAAAAGCUGUGGUGGCAUCAACUCGCCUCGGCAGCGCCAGCAGUCACAGUGCGCACGACAGCAACAAGCCCAGCCGUAACCCGUCUCCUGUCCAUGACAGCAAACCCGAAGAGAAACCCACUCAGGAAGCUGAAGCAGCUCCAGAAGAAAUGUCUUAGGUCAACGUGCUUCCUUGUUUCAGCUGAGAUCUGUCAUUUCAUACACCAGCUAACUUGUCAUUCAGCAAGAGAGAUUCGUAAGCUUGGCCUCUCUGGUUCUGCUUUGGGGUGCCAAAUGCACUGGCUGGUGAUCCUACCUUCAAUGCAUGUGACUGCUUAUGAAAAUAGUAAACUGUUCCAUAAGGCAUGUCAUGGAAACAGUGUUAUUUGCAGUAAUACCGGCAGGUGAAAACAUGGGGAUGAAUAACUACCUACCAUAAUGCAUAUAUUUCAUAUACAUCUAUCCAGUGUUUCUAGAUGGCAUUUGAAACAAAAUACUAUUUAAUUUGUUUUUAUGGAAGUAAGCGUCUUCUGUAUGUUGUGAGUGUCUUUGAACUGCUUCCUUCCAGAUUCAUAGUUCUGCAGCAGAUGAAAUGGAAGGAAAUACCAAGCCAAUGCUUUUAAAACUCAUGUACGAAAUAAUGCUUUUUAUCUGUAAAAUUCAAAAAGUAUUUGGGGAUUUAUAUGCAAAAAA